AUGUCACAAUGUCGGACCAUAAGUCAUCGCAUUGCAAGUUACAAUAAUAUACGUAAACGAACUAGUAAACCAUGCAACCUGGUAAAUGUCCCUGUAACUACUAGUAACCUGGAAAAUCACGGAGACUACUGCGCUGUUCCAUCUCUCUUUGUUACCAAUUUGAAAAACAGAAAAACAGUCCAUGCGUAUAAUAAUUUAAUCCCACUACAGGCUAGUGAGAACCACACUAGCAGAAAUACGUGUAGUACCCCAUUAACCCCAAGCGAUCAGAUAUCAGUUCCCUCUAGUCUCAACAUUGUUCACUUAAACAUUCGCUCGUUAAGAAAUAUCGUUCACCUUACUGAGGUCAAGGAACUAGUAAAGUUAAAUAAUAUCGAUGUCCUCACCAUUUCCGAAUCGUGGUUAAAUUCCUCAGUAACGAACCGUGAGAUUGCAAUCGACGAUUAUAAGAUCCACAGACUUGACCGGUUACACAAGAAAGGUGGAGGUGUCUGUGCUUAUAUCAAGAAGAAUAUUAAAGCAACUGUCUUAAAAGAUUUAUCGAAGGUGUCAGUCUCUAACUUUCAUCAACUAUGGAUAAAUCUACAAUGCCAAAAAAACAAAUCAAUAAUAAUUUGUGUAACCUACCGACCACCUGACACUUCUCUAAAUUGUUUCGAAGAUUUACUUAAGCCAAAUUAUGUUCAGGCUUUAACUUUGAAUAAACAGAUUUUAGUGCUCGGUGACUUAAAUUGUAACAUGCUAGAAAACGGCCAAGAGCGGAGAGCGCUAACAAAUUUUUCUACAGAAUUAAAUCUCACACAGAUUAUUAAAACUCCAACUAGAAUCACGGCGACGUCCCAAACGCUUAUUGAUGUUAUUCUAGUCUCAUCCACAGCACUUGUUCUUGAGAAUGGUGUUAUUAACACUUCUAUCAGUGACCACUUACCAGUGUACGUCCUACUAAAGUUAAAGGCCCCAAAGAUGCCAGCAUGUUACAUUACAACUAGGAGUUAUAAAAACUAUAAUCCCUCACUUUUUUCCUCUGACCUUGUCACUAAAUCGGAUCGUCUGUUAUCCAUAUUAUCCAACACCAACGUUAAUACAAUACUCGAAACCUUCAAAGAUGUUCUUCACUCAACUCUCGACGUGCAUGCACCGUUAAAAACCUUCAAAAUUCGAAAUCGAUCAUGUCCAUAUGUCACCAAUGAAAUAAAAGAACUCAUGAAGUCUCGGGACCUACACCUCCGUCGGUUUCAACUGACACGUCAUGAGGAAGGUGAUUGGGUAGUUUACAAAGAAUAUCGUAAUAACGUAAAAACCGAAAUUAAAGCCGCAGCGAAGGACCACACCUUCAACGAAGUAAGAGAACAUAAACACAAUUCGAGAUCCCUAUGGAAAAUAAUUAAUAAUAUAAUUCCUUCGAAGGAAAAGGAAACACAAGUUUAUAGCAAAGAUCCAAAAACAGUUGCAGAAGACUUCAACCUUUUUUUUACUUCUGUGGGACGGAACGCUGCUGCGACAGCCGAAAUUUUAGCCAAAGACAACAAUGUUGCACUGUCAAAUCCUCUGUCAAAUGUAAUCACUUAUCCAUCUGAUCAACUGUUCAAUUUACAAUCCGUUACUUGUACAGAGGUUCAACGCAUUAUCAUGGCUAUGCCAAUUAAUAAGUCACUAGGACCAGAUAAAAUAGGCAUGCGUGUCAUCAAAGACUGUCUUCCAAUCAUACUGGGUCCUCUUACGCAUAUGAUAAAUUGCUCUCUAAUGACAAGCACAUUCCCUGACCUAUGGAAGAUUUCUGAAGUUAUACCCCUACUAAAAGAAGGAGACCACGAGAUAGCCUCAAACAAUCGGCCUCUCUCACUACUCGAGGUAGUUUCAAAAGUUUGUGAAAAAGUUGUUCUAAAUCAAUUUAGCUCCUACCUCAAAGAAUUUAAUCGCAUAUCGUCACAUCAAAGCGGGAAUAGGAGUCUUCACUCCACCGAAACCUUAAACAUAUUUGUUACCGAUACGAUGUUGGAAGCCAUAGACAACAAAAAUCUAACGGCACUAAUUUUAUUGGAUUUAUCCAAGGCAUUUGACAGUGUCAGUCAUUCGAUUUUAUUACACAAAUUGAGUUGUAUCGGUGCUUCACCCGAAGCUGUUAAAUGGUUCCAAGACUAUUUAACAGGCAGAUCCCAAUACGUGCGCAUUGGAUCCACCAAGUCAUCAGCUCGCCCAAUAACCCAUGGCGUUCCACAAGGUGCAAUACUAUCACCACUUCUGUUUUGCAUCUAUAUUAAUGAUCUGCCAGGGAGCAUACAAUCGUGUAACCUUGAUUCAUACGUAGACGACUCAAAGCUUUACAAAUCAUUCUGCAUCUACGACUUGGAACAGACAACUAUCAAUUUAGAGGCAGAUCUACAAAUAGCAGCCAAGUGGUGUUUGGAGCACCAAUUACUGAUCAAUCCAGAAAAAACUAAAUUCCUUGUAGUCGGUUCAAGACCCAUGCUGCAGAACGUACCUACAGAAAUAUCGCUAACAUUUUAG